AUGCCAAAUUCUCAAGAAGAAUUCCCAUUUUUCCCAUGUGCAAUUUGCCGUGAGCAUAUGGAUCACAAAGAAAACAAUAUAGUCAAACCGCUUCUAUGCUCCCACCACUUUCAUAAAACCUGCAUUCUUGAAAUGUGCGAGGUAACGUGUUUCGAAAUUGUUUCCUUACAUUCAUGUAGCAUCAACUUGCAGCAAAACACUCAACACACAAAUUGCCCAAUUUGCCGAAAGCCAAUGUACAAGUUCAUCUUGUUGGCCAAAGACGGUGAUGGAAAUCCAAACUUCAAGUUUUACAACAAAACAGGACGCGAGUGCAAGAGCGCUUACGAGCUGAAAUGGAGCGCGUGUAACAUUUGUUUCACUACAGCGUUCAGCGACAACAUGAAGAAAUGCUCAAAAUGCGUCCACUACUGGCAUGCAUUCUGUGGUUCAAGCGAGGAUUAUAAAAAUGAGAAUGGAGGGAUUCUUUGUCAUCGAUGUGCGAAGCAACACGCUGAAGCGACUUUGAGGGUAAAUAAGUUUAGGCUCGAAAUUUAUCCUGGGUAAUCUAUUAUUUUUUUAAAUCUAUUAAUUUUAAUAGUUUAUAUCUUCUAGGUAUACUUUUUGCUCAAAUUUUUUAUCAAGAAGUUCCUACACAUGUUCUAACAAUUUUUUUCAGAAUAGACAAGAAUCGAUAAAAAGUUGUUUGGAGUAUUCGCGAGAAGUAUGUUUGAAAUCAAGAUAACUCACAUUCAGAUUCAAGAUACAAUAUUUAUUUUCAGAUGCAAGCUCGUAGAGCAGCAAUAAGAGAGGCGAGAAAACACCAGACUAAUCAUCAUUCGUUUGUAACACGCUCCAAAGCUGCUUCGGGUGGACAACAACAGGUAUAUUACAAUUCUGAAGCAGGGUUUUGAACUUCACAAUUCUUGUUUUCAGGCAACUCGAAGAACUCGCAACCAAAACAAUCAAAAUGUUGCGGGAACCCGUUCAGGAAAACGUCAAGUUGCUGCGCCUCAAGUAUGUUUUCAAUUUUUGUCUUAAAACUUUCGGAUAGAUCAAAAAUAUUUUAUCUGAACCUCGCUUUUAAUUUUCCAAUUUCAGGCAAACCAGCCAAGUGAUGUUGGAACUAGUUCAAGAACACGCCAAGCUUCAGCGUCUCAACAAAAUCAAGUAAGUUUCAACUCAUUUCAACUUUUUUUGCAUCGAGAUUUUCAAAUCACACGUAUUUUUCAGACAACUAAAAGAACAACUCGCCAAACCAAAGUCGAAAAAAGUCGCCAAUAUGCCGCGCCACAACAAAAACAAGUAUGUUUCUACAUCAUAAUUAAAGCUACAAUUUAUUUUUUCCAGCAACCAUCGACAAAAAGAUCGAGAAAACAAUGA